AUGAACUCCUACCUGGAGUACCUGUCUCGCGGCGAUGCUCUGCGCGCCCCGCCUAGCUUCUGCCCUGCAGACCCCAGCGCCGUCGCCCUGAAGCCCUCGUGCCCCCUGGGCGGGGAGAGCUCGCACCUGGGCAGCCGGCUAGUGCCAGACGCGGGGCCUGCGCCCGGCCCGGCCCAGCGCCCAGCCGCGGCCUCUCGCUUUGCUGCCUGCGCUCUGGCGGGGGCUUACGACUCCGGUCCACCUGCUGCUGCUGACUUCAACGUCCUGCCCCCGAGCUCAGGCUACGCCCUGCCCUACGGAGCCAGUGCCCAGGUGGAGGACGCUGGGGGGGGCCACCUGCGCUAUGCAACUUCCAUCUUCUCCGGCAACGGAUUGCAGCUCCCAGUGGGUUACAGCGCCUCGGCCGAGCAAAGCCACUUCCUCCCCUGCCUCAAAGAACCACCUGGCGUCCAGCUGGGGGGCUUCCAGAGCGUUUCCCCCUCCCCGGGGACCUACCCCAAGCCCACCUCUCCGGCCUCAGGGGGCGCGCUCGGCACCUUCGAGUGGAUGAAAGUGAAAAGAAAUGCGCCCAAGAAAAGCAAACUCUCCGCCUAUGGGGUGCCUAGUCCCCCCAGCACCGUGCGGACCCAUUUCAGCACCAAGCAGCUCACGGAACUUGAAAAGGAGUUUCAUUUCAAUAAGUACCUCACCCGGGCCCGCCGCGUAGAGAUCGCGCACUCGCUCCGCCUUAAUGACACUCAAGUGAAAAUCUGGUUCCAAAACAGAAGAAUGAAACAAAAGAAACGGGAAAGAGAAGGGCUGCUGAUCCCUUCACCUGCCGGAUCCCCCUCCGCGGAAAGCCCCGCCAAGCCAGGCAGGAAUUCUGUCCUGCCAAAGACUUCUGCUGAUCGCUGCAGUACCAGCUGUUGUGACAGCUACCUGCGAGGGAAGGAAGGUCGAGUUUCGGACCUCUGA